AUGAAUCGUGCAGCAAAGGAGGAGAUCAACGCAUUGACGAUGGUCGCUCAGGACUAUGUUGAAAACGAACACUUGUGUGACACAAUCGUGCGAUCGAUCGAAACUUGUGUUGAAAAAGCAGUCAAUGACAAGAAAUUGAUUCCUUUGUACGUUAUGGACUCAAUUCUUAAGAACGUCGGAGGAGUGUACAACAAGCUUAUCUUGUUGAACCUGAAUCAGACUCUAUGCAACGCCUUUCAGCAAUCGGACAACACCGUGAAGCAAAAGAUGAUCAAGCUACUGAACACGUGGUCCGAUCAGAAUAUUUUUUCCAAGAGUGUUGUCGACAAGAUUCGCCAAGGCAUGAUGAGCAUUCUACAAACCCCUUCGAUGCCUUCAUGGAGGGACAAAAAUAACCUGCAGCAACCAAUGAUGGUGCCGAAUGGGUCGAUGCACAUGGUAUAG